GUUUCUUCUCGGAUGUGACGUAGGAGGGUUGACUGUCAACAUGUAAGAUGGCGGCCCACCACAGACAGAAUGGCGCUGGGCGAAGGAAAGUACAGGUGUCUUAUGUGAUAAGAGACGAGGUGGAGAAGUACAAUCGCAAUGGGGUGAACGCUCUUCAGCUGGACCCUGCACUGAACCGGCUCUUCACCGCUGGGAGAGACUCUAUCAUCAGGAUAUGGAGCGUCAACCAGCACAAGCAGGACCCUUACAUCGCUUCCAUGGAGCACCAUACAGACUGGGUCAAUGACAUCGUCCUCUGUUGCAAUGGAAAGACAUUGAUAUCUGCUUCAUCAGACACGACAGUGAAAGUGUGGAAUGCACACAAAGGAUUCUGCAUGUCAACGUUACGGACUCACAAGGACUAUGUGAAGGCGUUGGCGUAUGCUAAAGACAAGGAGCUGGUGGCGUCAGCAGGGUUAGACAGACAGAUCUUCCUGUGGGAUGUCAACACACUAACAGCACUGACCGCCUCCAACAACACUGUCACCACAUCGUCCCUCAGUGGGAACAAGGACUCCAUCUACAGCUUGGCUAUGAACCAGAUGGGGACAGUCAUCGUGUCUGGCUCCACUGAAAAGGUCCUGAGAGUAUGGGACCCUAGGACGUGUGCUAAGCUGAUGAAGCUGAAAGGCCAUUCCGACAACGUCAAGUCUCUGUUGCUGAACAGGGACGGCACACAGUGUCUGUCAGGCAGCUCAGAUGGGACCAUCAGGCUGUGGUCUCUGGGGCAGCAGAGGUGUAUCGCUACGUAUCGGGUCCAUGACGAGGGCGUGUGGGCCCUGCAGGUGAACGAAGCCUUCACACACAUCUACUCUGGAGGCAGAGACAAGAAGAUCUACUGCACUGACCUGAGGAACCCUGAUAUCAGAGUACUCAUCUGUGAGGAGAAGGCCCCUGUACUGAAGAUGGAACUGGACAGGUCAGCUGACCCUCCUCCUGUUAUCUGGGUCUCCACCACAAAGUCAUCUGUUAACAAAUGGUCUCUAAAGGGAAUCCACAACUUUCUGGCAUCUGGGGAUUAUGACAAUGACGUCACCACUCCCCUGAUCCCACUGUGUACAACGCCUGAACAGGUCAUCAAAGGAGGGGCCAGUAUAAUUCAGUGUCACAUUCUGAAUGACAAGAGGCACAUCGUCACCAAAGACACCAACAACAACGUUGGAUUCUGGGACGUGCUGAAAGCCUGCAAGGGAGAGGACCUGGGGAAAGUAGAGUUUGACGAAGAGAUCAAGAAGAGGUUCAAGCAUGUCUAUGUCCCAAACUGGUUCUCUGUUGACCUCAAGACAGGGAUGCUGACCGUCACGCUGGAUGAGAGCGACUGCUUCGCUGCCUGGGUGUCUGCUAAGGAUGCUGGGUUCUCAAGCUCCGAUGGAUCGGACCCAAAAUUGAACCUUGGUGGACUGCUACUUCAGGCCCUGCUAGAGUUCUGGCCCAGGACACACCUCAACCCAAUGGAUGAGGAGGAGGAUGAGGUCAACCAUGUAGCAGUGAAUGGGGAGCAGGAGACGCGGGUGCAGAAGGGGAACGGGUACUUCCAGGUGCCUCCACACACUCCAGUCAUCUUCGGAGAGGCAGGAGGGAGGACUCUGUUCCGACUGUUGUGUAGGGACUCGGGUGGGGAGACAGAGUCUAUGUUACUGAAUGAGACAGUCCCACAGUGGGUCAUAGACAUCACCGUGGACAAAAACAUGCCCAAGUUCAACAAGAUCCCAUUCUACCUCCAGCCCCACUCGUCCUCUGGCGCCAAGACACUGAAGAAGGACCGUCUGUCUGCCAGUGACAUGCUGCAGGUGAGGAAGGUGAUGGAACACGUCUAUGAGAAGAUCAUUAACCUGGACACUGAGUCCCAGACCACUGCCUCCUCCUCUGCAGCCAAUGACAAGCCAGGAGAGACUGAGAAGGAUGAGGACGUGGCCCUCAUGGCCGAGGAGAAGAUCGAACUCAUGUGUCAGGACCAGGUCCUGGACCCAAACAUGGACCUGCGAACUGUCAAGCAUUUUAUCUGGAAGAGCGGAGGGGACUUGACACUUCACUAUAGGCAGAAAUCUACGUGAGGCAGACACCUCCAUUAAGGCAUAAAGAGACAGUUUCUUCAAACACUGCCAUCCUCCAUCUUCAGCCCCAGUGACUGGCUGGCCAGGAGAGGUCAGACAUAUAUCCCUGAGGAGCACCCACCCACUAUGUUUAUCAGGGUCGUAUUCAUUAGACACCAAACGGAAGAAACCAGGGACUGUCUGAAUUUGUCCAAUAAGAAUAGCUCUUUUUCAUUUGCCGUUGUAGAAUAUUUUGCUACGUUGUGUAUUAUUGAAUACAACCCAUAAACAUUUGGGGAGAGGUUUCUCUGGCCAUUUGAGGAUGUGGGUGAUUUCGUGUCAUAGGAAACUCAACCGGACAGACCGGUGAAGCCGGGAGACUAGUGAAAGAGGUGAAUGAUGAAUGCAGUUUUCUUUCUGCAUACUGUGCUAUAAUGGAAUGAUCGAUGAAUCAAAUGUUUUAUCUAGCACUGUGUAGGUUAUUUUUAAAACAAUUUUUGUUGUCCUUUUGCUUUGUGGUGUCAGUGUUAAAAAAACAACAAAGAAAGAAUAGUUCUGGAGCCAUGGUAGUAUGUCCGGGGGGAGGGGUCUAUAUAUAGGGUACUGUUUGUUCUCGUACAUUCCAGAAACAGCCCUUGCUCCUUCGCCAGUACACUAUCGCUUAGUCCCAAUACUCCGCCCUUCUUCCGAAGUGUGCACUUGCAGACGUAGCCUAUCACUAGGACCUGGAGUUACUCCUCACCAUGUGACCUGACCAGGGAAAAACUCCUGGUCCUAACUCCACCUACAGUGUACCUGGACAGCCUGACGCCCUAUUCAAGCCAAUCAACGUUCGUCCCUGACUGUAUUGUUGUUCAUGGCUUAAUUCUCAGUUAGCUGAAUUAGGAUUGACUUCAGAGAUUGAAACAGAUAUUUGUUUUGUUUGUUGUUUUAUCAGGGUUUUUAGUUUUGUAAAUAACAUGCUGUAUGUAUAACAUGAAUUCACCUCCAAAAUGUUGUUCUCGUUAUUUUCAGGAUGCUAUGUUUUUAUUAUUAUUAUUUUUUGUACAGUUUUAAAAAGUCGGAGAAAUUAACUUUAUCAAAGGUU